UGUAGAAACCUUUGCUGGGAUUACACAUGCCGGUUCAUGUAGCCUCUCGCCUCUAUUGUUGUGUUUUUCUUAAUAAAACAUGGAUUGGUGACAUUCUUGAAACAUCACAUCAUAAUGGAAUCUUCCUUUCGGAUAUUCCACAGUUCUUUCUUCAACUUCCUGAACUGAACUUACCUUUUUUUUUUUUUUUAAUCUUACGGAGUUUAGAACUUCCAGUAAUUUCUAACCCUUUUCAGUUAUUCAAGAACUCCUCUAGUCUUGGAAAUUUAAUCACACAGCUUCGUCUUGUUUUAUUUGUUUAUAUGCGAGUUUCAGUUUUUCUAGGUUGGGAAUGGGAAGAUUAAGGUCCUCCUUUUUCUCUGCAAUUAUACUACUUGAAAUACUUCAAGAGACAACUGCUUAUGGAGACCAUCCUUUUUCAAGAAUUGCUAUACACAAAACAAGUUUUGCUCUUACUGAUCUUGCUUAUAUUAAAGCCUUUCCUCCUGUUCUUGGACUAAAGGAAGAGAACUUAGAGUGGGUGACAGUAGAGUACAGUAAUCCAAUUCCAUCAGUCGAUGAUUGGAUUGGAGUAUUUUCUCCUGCCAAUUUCAGUGCUUCUACCUGUCCCUCAGAAAAUCCAAGAGUGUAUCCUCCUCUAUUAUGUUCUGCACCUAUAAAGUUUCAGUAUGCCAAUUAUUCUAGUCCUAAGUAUCAAGAUUCAGGAAAAGGGUCACUGAAGCUGCAACUGAUCAACCAGAGAUUGGACUUCUCUUUUGCACUCUUUACCGGUGGUUUUUUAAGUCCGAAGUUGGUGGCGGUGUCAAAUACAGUUGCUUUCUUAAAUCCAAAUGCACCGGUCUAUCCACGCUUAGCACAAGGAAGAACAUGGAAUGAAAUGACUGUGACAUGGACAAGUGGAUAUGGGAUCAAUGAAGCAGAACCUUUUGUUGAAUGGGGUUCUAAAGGAGGUGAUCCUACCCGUUCUCCAGCUGGAACACUGACUUUUGACCGUAAUAGCAUGUGCGGUGCACCGGCGAGGACUGUGGGAUGGCGUGAUCCUGGAUAUAUACACACUAGCUUUUUGAAGGAUUUGUGGCCCAAUGAAAUGUAUUCCUACAAGUUGGGACAUAGAUUGUUCAAUGGUACUUAUGUUUGGAGUCCAGAAUAUCAGUUUAAAGCAUCUCCGUAUCCUGGACAAAAUUCUCUACAACGUGUAGUCAUUUUUGGUGACAUGGGAAAGGGUGAAGUUGAUCAUUCUAGUGAAUAUAAUGAUUUUCAACCUGGCUCUCUAAACACCACUAAGCAGCUUAUUGAAGAAUUGAAUAACAUUGAUAUAGUAUUCCACAUUGGAGAUAUAUGUUAUGCAAAUGGAUACUUAUCACAAUGGGAUCAGUUUACUGCACAAAUUGAGCCAAUUGCAUCAACCAUCCCUUACAUGAUUGCCAGUGGCAACCAUGAGCGAGACUGGCCGGGGACAGGAUCCUUCUAUGGGAACAUGGAUUCUGGGGGAGAGUGUGGUGUUUUGGCUGAGACCAUGUUCUAUGUCCCUGCAGAGAACAGGGCAAAGUUUUGGUACUCUACUGACUAUGGCAUGUUUCGAUUCUGCAUUGCUGACACAGAACAUGAUUGGAGAGAAGGAACAGAACAGUACAAGUUUAUUGAGAAAUGCCUAGCGUCUGUGGAUAGACAAAAGCAACCCUGGUUGAUCUUUCUUGCACAUCGAGUAUUGGGUUAUUCUUCUUGUAUCACUUAUGCUGUAGAAGGAUCAUUUGAGGAACCGAUGGGAAGAGAAAGCCUUCAAAAACUCUGGCAGAAGUACAAGGUUGAUAUUGCCAUAUAUGGUCAUGUGCACAACUACGAAAGAACAUGCCCAAUAUAUCAGAAUAUAUGCACCAGUAAAGAGAAGCAUUACUAUAAGGGCAGCCUGAAUGGGACAAUACAUGUGGUUGCUGGCGGUGCAGGAGCAUUUCUUUCACCAUAUACUACACUCCAAACAGCAUGGAGUUUGUAUAAAGACUAUGAUCAUGGAUUUGUAAAACUUACUGCAUUUGACCAUUCCAACCUGUUGUUUGAGUACAAGAAGAGCAGAGAUGGAAAAGUUUAUGACUCUUUCAGGAUAUCCAGAGAUUAUAGGGAUAUAUUGGCCUGCACCGUUGAUAGUUGCUCGAGUACAACACUAGCAUAUUGAUUUGUUCAUAUAUUAAAAAGUGUGUAUAUAUAUAAAAAAAGAACUUGCAUUUGUAAGUAUUAUGAAGUGUAACCGUCUUCUUUUUCUUUUUU